UGUACGUUUGAACUCAACCACCGCAAAAACAGUUUACUGCAUGACUUUUACUGUGAAAAUAGCUAUAAGAUCAGAUCGAAGCGCGUCCCCGCGACCUGCGCGCAGCAGAUGUCUCGGCGGUGGAGAGGAGGGCGCCAAAUAGGAAGCAAAACAGCAGGUAUGUGUCCGAUUCUCGGGUUUGCCUCUAAUCACAACAAACCGCAUCAACGGCAGGACUCGUUCUCAUUUUUUACCUUCACCUGUGAGUGACUGGACCUAUUGACACGGAGCAUCGCGUUGCCUGGACGAAGACAAAGGCUGAAAAGAUGGACGCAGAAAGUGUGAGCAUAUGGCCUCGCAUGGAACCCUUCUUACUGGGUGCCUUGCAGGUUGCUCCCUCUUCCAAGCUCAGCCUGCACUAUCUUCGCAAGAUGGCACUCUAUGUGAGAACACGGGACGGUUGCUUUCCCACUUUGGGCUGGCCCAUGUGGAGGCAUAUUGCCUGUGGAAAACUGCAGCUUCCAGAAGACCUUGCAUGGCUCUACUUUGAGACCUUUGAUCUUCUUAUAGGCCACACUCCAGAGGAGAGGCUGGAGUGGGCAGAGUGUCUUUCUCAGUGCUCUUCCAAAAGUGAGCUGGACCAGCAAAGGAGCAAGUUGUCUGUGGACACACUGCAGUUCCUCCUAUUCCUCUACAUACAGCAGCUGAACCGUGUAUCUCUGCGCACCUCUCUGAUUGGUGAAGAGUGGCCCAGUCAUCGUACUCGCUCCCCCUCUCCAUCAGACCGUGAGGCCAAGACUAGCUCUCAGAAUAAGAACUGGGACGAUCAGGCCCAUCUGUCAUUUGUGCAAAGCCAUCUAGCUGAGAUUCUGGAGCUGCUGGUGGAACCAGGCCAACUGUCACAAUCUGGACAGGCCCUUAAAGACUGCCAGAUAACCCUGGAGGCUGUGCGGAGCUUGGGCCUGCUGUUGGAGGGCUCAGCAUGCCAUAGCAGAGCUGUCCAGCCUGUCCACAGGCUGCUGACCAAAGUUCCGCUCCACACACAAGCUGGCUACUCCACACUCAGCCGCUCAUUCCCCCUGCACAAGCUACUCUCCUGUCUCCAGCACAGCCUCACACUCAACCCCUUUGGGAUAACCGCCUGCCUGCGCUCAGGCAAGAAACUAGCCUGGGCUCAGCAAGUGGACGGGGCCAUGAAGAGAGCCAAAAUAGCCAGAAACACCCACAUGGCUCCACUUGGUAGUAAAAUAGUACUGAUGUCCCAAGUGUUCAAACAGACCCUGGCUAAAACCUCAGACAAACUGACCGGUUCCAACAUCAAAAUCCACAGAUGCUCAGAUGCCUUCAUAUAUCUUCUGUCACCUCUCAGAUCAGUCAGCGUGGACAAAUGUCGUGACAGCACAGUGGUGCUGGGACCUGUUGAGACCAGUGUCCACAUCCACAGCUGCCAGAAUGUACGGGUGGUGUGUGUGGCUGGCAGGGUUGCCAUUGGGGCCUCCUCCUGUUGCACUAUCCAUGCCUUGACACCCACCCGCCCCUUGCUACUACCUGGAAACACAGAUAUUACAUUGGGGCCUUUCCACACUUUCUACCCAUCCCUGGAAGAUCAUAUGGCCAGUGUGGGCCUCGCUGUAGUCCCCAAUGCCUGGGAUCAACCGUUGCUUCUGGGAACAGAGGGCCUCGUCAACCCCUCGCUCAACACAUCCUCCAGCCCAGACCCCACCUGCUACCGCCUGCUGCCCCCAACUGAGUUUAACACACUGGUUGUGCCUUUUGAGAUGGAGGGGGACACAUGUGAGGUACCAGGGGGGUUGCCUCCUCAAUAUCAGGCAGCACUCAAUGAAAAGCGGAAGAGGAUACAGAACUGGCAGAAGACUGUGAUUGAGGCCCGGUUGAACAAGGAGCAGAAGCGGCAGUUUAAGGAGCUGGUGGAGGUCAAGUUUCAUGAGUGGCUUCUGGAAACAGGGCACAGACACGAACUCGACAGCCUUGUUCCACCCACCGUAGCAUCUGUAAAGGACUUAGAUGUUCCUGCAGCGAGCACGGCCCGAGUUAAUGAUACCAAACAUACAAGGACUGGACGGACACUUGGACAGUCACCUAUGGCUUGUUGAAUUGUCGGGUUAGCCUUGUUUUUGUCCUAGCCAGCAGGAUAAUUGUACUUCUCAGUCAACAUGGCAUGACAGUUCAUGCGUACAGACUACACGUGAUCUUACUGUCAUCUGGAGCUUCUGUUGAUGUUCUUGGUGCAAGUGUUGUUUGGGGCUGCAAAUAACCAUUAUUUUCAUUAUUGAUUGGUCUACCAGUUAUUCUCCUGACUAAAUGAUUAAUCUUUAGGUUAGGGCAUUCUGAAUAUUUUAGUCUGAGAUCGAACAUGAAGGCAUCCACAAUCUACUUUUUAGGUGAAUCGUACAGAUGGUGAUUUUCAGUCUCCUCUUAUCUGUUUCAAAACCUCACCGAAUGGAAAAACUACAAGAUCAAACCAGAAGUGAUGUAGCAGGCUGGACAGAAUUGUUGAUUGGACAAAGUAAUCCAUGUGACUCUGCAUUGUAAGUAAUGCAAUGUGAGUUAUUGCUUCUUAAGAAAAGGCAGCUAAAAUGGCAACUUGACCUGCGUAAACUAUGGAGGGUGUGUAUUGGCAUGCUGUAAGACAACAUCACCAGCUACGCUUUCUUUUGGGGAGUUGUCUUUAAAACAAAGAUGGGUGUAACACUUGUGAAGUCACAGACUUUUGAAAGGUUGACCAUUGGGUGUCAUCUUUUGGAGACAAAAAAAAAAACUGAAUUUAGCUGAAAACGGUGGCUGCAGCUGAGAAGGAACAAGGACAAGGCACUGACUGACUGACUGGCUGACAGACAGUGAUUUCUUGAAAAACUACUUGCUCCUUAAUGUAUAAUAAUUCUCAAAAUCUGCACUAAGACACAGUUUGAGAACUGAAAUCCGCCCAAUGUUCUUGUGUAAAAACGUAAUGAACUUUUGUGUAAACUUGAGUCAGAUGGAGUAGACAUUUAGCAACAGUGGAACUCAAAGCAUUUACAAUUGGUUGUUGCUUUAGUAGAAGCUGUGGUCUGGUUCCUCAAGAAGUGUAUUUUUGAUACCUUUUACUCUGCCAAUUAUUUUCAUGAUCGUUUAGUCCAUAAAAUGUUAAAAAAAUGUGAAAAUACUGUUUGCAGUUUCCAUAACUUACAUCUUCAAAUUGCUCCUUUUGUCCAACAAACAGUCCAAAACCAAAAAAACUCUUUUAUUUACGAUCUUAAACGACAAAGACAAACAGCCUGACAUUUAAGAACCUGGACCCAGCUAAUGUUUGAUAUAUUUUUAAAAAAAAUAUUAAUCGAUCAUCAAAAUAGUUGGCAACUAAUUUUCUUUUGAUUAUUGCAGCUCUAUUUUCUGUUAAAAAUAAAGCAAUAUAUUUUCAGUAAGGGAAGUGGACAGAUGCACUGAAAGAAUGUAAAUGAUGAAUGAAUUUAGCACUUUGGGUAUUAAUGACAUGCUAGCGCUCCUGCAGUAACUGACUCAGGUCAUAGAAUUUCUAGUUUUAAUAGAAUAUCUAAAAUAGUAAUCAAGAGUUUUCCAUUAUGGGGUAAAACGAAGGAACAUUAACGAAAGUUACUGUAGGUACAGCUGUAGAUUCCAAGCUAAUCUUUCAUAUUUUAUGUACAUAGAGGGCAAGUCAGCCAUACCUGUUGAUACGUCGCUCUCCAUAGACUAUAUUGCCACUGUGGCCAUUUUCCUUUGAUGUCAUGCUCAGGGUGGGAAGCUCAAACAUUGUACUGCUGUGCUCCUGGAUGCAAGUCAUGUAAAUGAGAAUUUGACAAAUCAUUUCAUCUCUUCCCUAUCGAUCAGCCACUCAAGUUGCGAUGGAUAGUGACAGUCCAGAGGGGCAUUGAUCAUAUCCUAAGGUAGAACAAUGUUUUUGAUGAGUCAUUAGCUAACAUUAGCAUUCAGCCACUUUCAGCUAACAUUACCCUUUGGCGGUGUUAGAUGAUACAACAUGAUAUGUUACUUUGCCAGCUUAAUUACAUCCUGUGCUUAAAUAAAUUUGUCUAUUGUA